AUGCCUAGUUACAACUCGUUCUCUGGCCACCUCCCCGCCGAAAUUUUCAACCUCACAACAUUAGACAUCAACAGAAACAACUUCUCCGGUCACUUCCCCGUCGGAGUCUUUACCCUUCAAAACCUCAUUGUUCUCGAUGCAUAUGGCAACAGCUUUUUCGGGUCGCUCCCCACCAAAAUUUCAAAGCUUCAGAACCUCAAAAUCCUCAAUUUAGUUGGAAGCUACUUCCGGGGACCGAUCUCGUCGGAAUACGGUGCUUUCUGCCUCCUCGAGUUUAUUCAUCUCGCUGGUAAUUUGAUCACUGGAAGCAUUCCACCGGAACUGGGGAAGCUCAAAACAGUGACGCACAUGGAAAUCAGCUACAAUUAUUACCACGGAAACAUUCCAUGGCAAUUGGGGAACAUGACGGAACUCCAGUAUCUCAACAUUGCCUAUGCAAAUCUCUUCGACGGCAUCCCAAAAUCCCUUGGGGAUCUCAACAAUCUCAAAUCCCUCUUCCUUUUCAGAAACCAGUUUUUUGGGUCGAUUCCGACGGAGCUCAGCAACAUUAGAGCUCUUCAAAGCUUGGAUCUUUACGACAAUCUGAUUUCUGGGUUGACCUCAGAAACCUUUUCGGAGCUGAAAAACCUUAAACUCCUUAGCCUUUUUUACAAUGAGAUGGCCGGCGAAGUUCCCGACAGAAUUGCAGAGCUUCCAUCGCUGGAGAUGCUGCUUUUGUGGAACAAUUUCUUCUUCGGCAACCUUCCCCGGAGCUUGGGGAGCUCCGGGGAGAAACUCAAUGCUCGGGUGGGUGGAUGUGAGAUUCCAUUGAAAUUCAACAGUCUCACUGAUAUCACAUAUGUUGAUUUAUCUGGGAACAAUUUUAGUUGUGGGAUUCCAAAGGGCAGGGAGAGCAACGACAUAUCAAGAGAAUUAAAAUGGCUCGCAAGCUUGCCGCCCCUGGAAAACGCACCGACCUCUGAAUUAUCCGAGGCUGUGCUAAAACUGGAGCCAUGCCAGGGGUUUUUGCAGAUGGAGAACAUCUCGACCAAGAUCAUCGAGAGCAUUUCGCCAGAGGAUCUUCAGCCGACGAUCAAGAUCUGGGUCGACGGCUUCCAAUCGCUGUCGUUUGCCUUGAACGAUCCAUGGACGCAGGAGCACGCCGUCACGGCGCACACGCAGUUUGCAAAAUUCCAAUUUGGAUUUGAACAGGGGAGAAAGAAAAGGAUGGAUGCACGAGGCAGAGGUGUCAAAGGGGUAACAACAGAGCACACCCAAUUUGCGAAAUUCCAAUUGGGAUUUGAAUUUUUUGAGAAAAUUAAAAAUUGGGGACUGAAAUGGGGAAGAAGGGUGAAGGUGAUGAGUUCAGAGGAGACAGGUAGGGAAGAAGGUUGA